AAAAAAAGGUAGAAGUGGCCAAGAGCAUAGACUCAGGCUGGAACACUUGUGCUGGUUUCUCGCUGUCUACCUUGUAAAAGUCAUUUAGCCUCUGUGUUUAUCAAGUUCCUCAUCAAUAAAAUGGGGAUAAUAAUAGUACCCACCUCGUAGAGAUGCUAUGGGGAUUAAUGAAUCUGCUUGAAUUUUAGAACAGCCCUGGCUAAUAGUAAGUACUAUGCAUUUGCCAGCUCUUUUCAUAAUUACUGACAGAUGUUAUUAUCAACCAAAGAAGUAUUAGUUCUUUGUAAGGGAAAUGCAUGUUAGACCAUUUCAUUUAUCAUUUUCUGUAAUUCAGGCUUUUUCCCUCUGAAAUACCAUUUUCUGUCUGUGCACUAGUAAAUCACAGGGCUUUCCAAAUUUCAUCUGUCUGAGUUCUUGUCAUGAUGACAAUACUGCAGAGUUUUGACAUUUUUUAGGGACUCCAUCUGAGAUGACAGCAACCCCUCAAAUUCAGAAGCACUUCUCUAACUGACAACAUCUCGCAUGAAAUGAAGUUUGUAAAAUUGCAACUUCAGCCUCCAUCAGAGGACCUCAGCUGCCCCAGCGAACAGGGCCUUCUGUACAGGGAAUGUGCUCCUCCUCGAAGCAUAGACAAGAAGCAGCCCUUAGAUCUCAUCAGGAAAUUCUACGGAGAGAAGGUCGGAAUCUACUUUGCUUGGGCUAGGCUAUUACAUUCAGAUGCUCCUCCUGGCAGCAGUCGUGGGGGUGACUUGCUUUCUUGUGACCCAGGUGGCUGUCUCCUUGAACUGAUGAUGCAGCUGACAAUAAUCAUGGGAGGACAGUCCAUCUGGAAUAACAUACAGAGGUGUUACUUCCAUGGGUCAUGAAUCUAAUGAUGCCACAGUUUUGGGAGCAGAACAGACCACCCCAUGAUGGGAAUGGGACAACCAUCUGUAUCCAACGGGCAAACUGGGGUUAUUUUAUGAAUACCCUGAAAUGAGAGUAAAAGAAUUUAUGUUGUCCUUCCAUCCAUCCACCACUCCAUGUUUUGUGUCCAUUCCUUCAACAGGUAUUCAGUUUGGGUUCACCACAGUAUAUGUGGCCUCUUUCCAGUGGCCCCUCUGUUGGCUCUGGAGAACAAUAUAUUGGAAAUCAGAGUGGGUACGUGGAACCUUGACUACCCAGUAUAGACACAUUGUGCCAGAAAAAGCCCAGAACAUCGCAGCAUGGCAGCCCACCAUGCAAGGAACAGCAAUUCUGGCUUUGGUGGACCAAUGUGAAUAAAAAGGCUUCAUUGGGUGAAGACUUAGAAAAGUCCAAAAAUGCAUUGGCGUUGUUUCCUAAGGAAUCUAGUGUUGGGUAAUGUUUAAUAUGAGAGGGAGAUGCUAACACUAUCAUCGUUAUAAACAACAUAGUUGUUGUAACUGUAAUUGUUAUUAUUUUUAAUAUAUUUUCUUUAUAAUUAUUAUUUGUGACUUACAAGACCCUUACAGAGGCAGUUGUUAAGGAGCGUGGCCGUUAUACUGUUGCUGAAGUGUUAAUUCAGUAGAAGCAUGGUAAUAGCAUUAAUAAGUACUCACUCUUUUGAUCCUCACAUUGACUAUAAAGGUCACCCGGCAGUGCAUGUAUAAUGGAGAUAGAAAUCUAUCCGUUUAAGUGUUUGUAGAACUUAAAAUAAGAGCAGACAUUCCACCGCAUUUGACCAUAUAUUCCAGACUAUCAGUUUAAAAUAGGAAAUACCUGAUGAGGCCAUAGAAACCCUUUGUGCAUCCCCAAUCAUUCACUACCUUCCUGGUCCCCUGGGGCAGCGGUUCUUCCAGAAGGUGGCCCCAUCUCUCCUCCCCACCCCACUCUUGGCCUUUGAUACCAACUGUUGGUCAUUAGCUAAGCAUCCUCAUGUCCUGCAUGUGUCUGAGCUGUGAGGGAACAGAACUCAGCUGUUUACAAACUGUAUUGACUAUGACCAGUAUGAACAGCCUCUCUCCUUCCCUGCCCACAACCCAACAGUGCAACACGGGGCUCACAACCACAGCGAUUCCCAUGCCAGCCCAUCAGGGAACCUUCUUCCCUAGAAAUAUUCUUACAACCAGAGAUGUUUCCUCCCUUACUUCACUGCCAGUUUCACUCCCAGGUUACA